GUCUCGCAGUCUGGAUUGUGGUAAAACACUUCCGUGAACUACGACAACAUUCGGCAGGAGGGAUUAUCGAGGACUGUUUCACGGUGUUGAUGAAAACUCACGUGGUUUACUUUGCGAGCUUUAUUGUUGUUUCUUCUCUCCAUCUCACUAUUGAUUUAUAUCCAACAUUCUUCACGAGCGAUUCACUGACCCCUCAGAUUAUUUACUCAUGGUGCGGUAUUGGGCACACUUUCAGAAGGACAGCCAGAUGCUGGGGAGAGAAGGGAGGCAGACAACCGUCGAGAUGGAAUCGCUGCAGCGAUGUGGACCGAUUAUCUUGCGGAGCGCGCACGUCGGGGGCUGCUGUAACUGUAGAAUAGCCUGCUAUACAGUUUUCAUAGGGAUCGAAGUUCAAAGUACUAGUACGUAGUACACAACAGUCUAUCAUGUAAUUUGGUAAACGACAAUGAAUGUAUCAUGCAUAUCCACAC